AUGACAACCCCACACCACCCCCCAAAAACCCCCACAACCCCUUCAAUCCGUAACUUCAUGACCAGAACCUCAGCAAUCACUCCCACAACUUUAGCAAGUACAUACCGUCGAAACUCACGAUGUCCCCAUCCACCGACCAGCAGUCCAAUCGAUACCGGUAUCAAUGAUAUCGAUAUCGAUAUCAAAACCCCCACCGCAUCAUCAAUACCGUCGUCUUUUCAACCCCGUGGAAACAUCAUGACUACCACACCGAGGAGUAUUAACCAAAUAGCAACAUAUUUGAAGAGUAACUACGGUACACCCACAAAAAGCAAGUAUUACUCGGGAAUAAAGAACUUGCAACAAGAUCCAAAACCUAUAGAAGAGUAUGGAUAUAAAACACCGGUGCAGAAGGGUAGAGAGAAUGUGGAUAGGGAAUUAGAAAGGUCGACGUCGGGGUUUACGCCGAUUGUGCCGUUACCUUCGUCAGUUACUAUUAGGAAGAGGAGGGGGAGUCCGGGUUCUUGUUUUAGUGGUGGUGGUAGUAGUGCUAGUGGUAGUGUGGGGAGAAGAAGGGAUAGGUUUGAUGAGAGUGGUAAUAAAAGAGGGUUUUAUGAUGAGGAGGGGAUUCCGAGUAUUUCGGAUUCGAUGGAGGAGUUGCCUGAUCAUCCGGUUUAUAAGUUUCGAAGGACGAGUGGUAGUGGUGGUGGGGGUAGGAAUGUUUCUGGAGAGAAGGAUGUUGAAAUGGGAGAUGUUAAGGAUAUAGAAACGUCGGAGUUUAAGGAUAUAAUUAAACGACCAUCAACAUCGUCAUCAUCAACAACAUCAUCAACAUCAUCAACAUCAUCAACAUCAUCAACAUCAUCAGAUCAAAAAUCAGACCCCUCACUAGCUACAUCCACACCAUCCCCAAUCUUCCACUCUCCAACUCCAAACACCGGUAUCACAAACAAAGAAAACAUCGAUCCAAUAACUCUCACCCCUUCCUCUUCAGAAUCAUCAUCAUCACCAUCAUCAAUAAUCUUCAACACCCCAACAUCCCACACUCCAGAUCCAACCCGUCACCUCCUACUAUACGACCAAUCCCGCCAAAAAGAUAUCUUCUCCAAAAAGAAACUAGAAGCAAUCAAAAACUCUUCCUCGGGAAUCCCCCACAGCAGUUACACUUAUACACCACCAUCAUCAUCAGUAAUCAAACCAACAAGUCCAUUCGUCAUACCAAAUAAUACCAUGGGAUGGGGUAUAUGCCCCCCAUCACCCAGUAAUCCACAAGACACCUCAACCCUGCCCGACAACAUAACUCCAACCCCAACUCCCAGUAGUAAUAGUAACAUCCCCACAACAAUAAAAAGACAUCGUUCAUCAUCAACGGGAACACCACAAACCCACAUCACCUUCCCCAGCAGUAGCAGUAGGAUCCCCCAAAAGACAGGAUUAAUCUCCAAACUCGGUCUACAAAAUAAAACAUCCUCAACAACAUCUUCAACCGGACCGAAGAUUCCAGUAACUCCAACCCCUCAAAAACUUCUUCACAAAUCAGCGAAGUCUACUACAUCCCAUAAUUAUCACUAUAACUAUACUUCCUCUUCCUCUUCGAGUUAUCAUCAACCACAAACUCCAACUCCAACUCCAUCACUAUCACUAUCAACCCGUAACUCCAAAAAACUGGAAGAUCUAAAAAUGAGGUUCCCAAGGAGUAUGUACCCCCUCAACGGGAGAAAGAAGAGUAACAUUACCAAUAAUACAGACCUCCUCAAACUAGCCAGAGGAGAAUCCACUCUCAACCAUCUUAACGGAGUUAGUAGUGGAAAUGAACCGGAUUCAAAUGAAUGGACAGAUCGUGAUAUCCAACGGUUUGAAUUCGAGAAGGGGAGAUUAUACCCUACUCAUGGAGAGGAUGUGGAGAUGGAGAUGGUUGAUGCUGAAUUAGGGGGUUUGAAUUGA